AUGUCUUCCUGCUCCGACAGUUUCCUGCUCCGAUUAAGGCACAACCGGGCGGAGUUGAUUGGCUUUAUCUGCAAGCACUUGCCUGAUGUCAUUGCGAUCCAGGUGAUUCCGGCAGAGCGAGUCAGGUGGAUGCAGCAGAGCGAGUCAGGUGGAUGCAGCAGAGCGAGUAAGGUGGAUGCAGCAGAGCGAGUCAGGUGGAUGCAGCAGAGCGAAUCAGGUGGACGCAGCAGAGCGAAUCAGGUGGACGCAGCAGAGCGAAUCAGGUGGAUGCAGCAGAGCGAAUCAGGUGGAUGCAGCAGAGCGAAUCAGGUGGAUGCAGCAGAGCGAAUCAGGUGGAUGCAGCAGAGCGAAUCAGGUGGAUGCAGCAGAGCGAAUCAGGCUGAAUUGCUUUUCCUGACUCCCUUUCCCUUCCUAUUCCCCUGCCUACGCUACGCCUCUCCCUUUUCCCCCACCCCUUCCCCUCUCCUUUCCCCAUCCCCCCUUCCCCCCUUCACUCCUUCCCCCGCCACCCCAUCUGGGGCGCUGGAGGAGGUGCGCAUGCCAGCAGCAGGGCGGAAGGACGGACCUCUCAACCAAUCAGAGCUUAAGGAUGACACGAAGCAGGCCCGGGAGGAGAGUUCGUGCAGCAUGCACUGGCGUUGCCGCCGUUCACCCUGUACCGGGUGUGGUGGUCCCUCGCCCCCACCAAGUAUGCCAGCACAGCCAUGCUGCUCAAACGCUCCCUGCUGCCCCACCUCCUCUCCGCCUCCUUCUCCCUCGAU